AUGCGCCUAAUAACCAUCUCAAUUACUCUUGCUCUGCCCUUGCUCGCGAGCGCCCAGCGUUUCGUCAGGUUCAUCUCGACGGACAACAAAGAGUACUACGGCGACGCCAUUCUUCCUUCCGACACAACCGAUGCAUCCAAAAGCAAGUCUGCGCGGGUGAUCACAGGCGACAUUCUUGGAGAGUUCACUAUCACAAAUCAAGCCAAAACCAUCAAAACCCUACUCUCGCCUCUCCCAAACGAACGUGUGCGGACCGUCCGUUGUGUAGGCUUUAACUACGUUGCGCACAGCGAAGAGGCAGGGGUCUCAAUACCCCAAUGGCCAAUUUUAUUUUACAAGCCCUGGACUGCACUCAACACGCCCUCCGACCCGAUCCCAGUCACCGCAGGCUACCAGACCCAAGGCAACUUCACCUCCGAGAUGGACUACGAAACCGAGCUCGUGGUCGUAAUCAAGAAAAAGGCUUUCAACAUCUCGGAUGAUGAGGCGCUCAACCAUGUACUGGGGUAUUCGGUCGGACACGAUGUGUCGCAUCGUGGUUGGCAGAUCGACCGCGGCGGACAACCGCAACCGCAAUACUCAAUGGGUAAAGGAGCAGACGGGUGGGCACCCUGGGGACCCGCCAUUGUGUCAACCAAUAUCAUUAAGGACCCUCAGACGUUGAACCUGUGGACCAAAGUCAACGGCGUAACGCAACAGAACGACACCACUGCAAACAUGAUCUUCGGCGUGAAACAUCUCGUCUCGUUCUUUUCGAUGGGUACAACAUUGUUGCCCGGGGACGUUAUUUUUACGGGGACGCCAAGUGGUGUGCAGCUGGGUAAGGCGAACCCGAAUUGGCUUAAGAAUGGGGAUGUGGUUGAAGUGGGGUUGGAAAAUGUGGGCACUUGCACCAAUGCCAUCAAGUACACAUGA